GACAAAGCCCUCAACAAAGCCCCCUGUACCCCGUAUAAUUACCUGCUUCGUAUUUUACCUAGGUACUUACGGGAUGUCUACUCAUGGAUUGAGCCGAUUCGUCGGUAUGUUCGAGGUAUUUCUCCAGUCUCAUCUACCUCUACUAGUGCUAGAGUAUUUCUAUACUAUGUACAACUUCCAUUAUCACCAUGAAUACUCUGCUGAAUGUUCUGGAGCCACAUCCGGAAGAUAGAUUACAUUUGCGCCUACAUAGAGCGAGAUCCGUUAUUUUAACGGCGCAAGAACUUGUGGAAAUUCGAGCCGCACAAAGAACCUUCGAGGGAGCAUAUAUAAGGACUGCUUUGGGACAAUUCAGUUUCGCUUUGGUAGUGUUAAAGAUCUUUACGGCCGAAUUCUACAGUAUUGGAGCCUUAUUCGCGACAUAUGGAGCCGGCAUUCUAAUGGUCAGCCUGUAUAGGAGGUAUGAGGGCAACAGGCAAUUCUUCAGCGAAAUAGAUGGGGACGGCAUGGGAAGGAAGAAAUUUAGGACCAGUGGGAAUGCUGUGGUUGUUUUGACGACACUGAGUCUUGUGGCUUAUGUUUUACUGAUUGGAUUGACCAUAAGGCUCGAGACCUGAAAUCCAUGAUUGAGCUGACUACAUUUGCGGCAUAAUGAAUGGAACAUAUAUCUCACGCGGCACAGGGCCAUUUUGGGGUCUAGAGACGAGAUGAUCGAUCUUAUGGCUCGGAUCGGUUGACACAGAAAGUCAAGGGAAGCAAAAAGGGCCAUCGAAAUUCGGCAUUGAUUGGAACCAGUUUUCAGAAACAAAAUGUGAUGCGGCAUACCUUUUCAAUUCAAUUCUAUAUGAGGUUCGCGACAGUUACUUUUUCAAAACUUCGAGAAGUUGAUCAUCUCCACUACCUACCUAAGACUCUCCGUGAUGGAUGUAUUGGAGGUAAAUCCGCCGGAUGUCUUAUUGCGAAUGCGAUCAAACAAGCAAACAAAAUCAUUCACUUUUUGAUCAUCAUAAUACCAUGUACGGAAGCAAGCAAGCUUAUCUAGCGGAUUUCUGAGGAUUUUCGAUCUGAUAAGCAUCAUCCCAAAUUAGCUUGCCUACACAUGUUUCCCUCAGGUCCAGGGAACAUAUGUCGAGAGUGGCAUUCCUGGCGAUCAUAAUUAGAGAAUGAUUCUGCAACAUACUACACGUAAUCUCAAUGCAUGAAGCCGUUAACCAUGGUCUAAAGCCUUGGUUCCAGUCGGAACGCGUCCAUUGUUGACCACUAGUGGCGGGAUACCAGUCACUGGACUUUCUCUUUGACCGCUGAAAUAGGGAUAUUUUAAGAGAAACUCUCCAAGAACAAAACGCGUCAGCAUCUAGCAGGUUUCCCUUUGGAUUAGGAGGGGUUGAAGUGAUAGUCACAUCGUCCACACUUAAUACCUGAUUCGAUCGACUGCAAGAUUGUUGUUCCUGGAUCAUUUUAGUUGGGGGGGGG